UCUGUGGGAUUUUGAAUCCCCAAAAUUUGGCGCCCAAACCCCAAAUCAAAACGCCGCCAAAAUUUUCAGUAAUACCAAAAUCCCACAUCGACUUGUGAAAUCAGAAAGCAGAGAAGAAAAUGCCGACCGUGUUCAUCGCAGUUCAGUGCUGCCAAUGCUCCACCAUGCAGGUGAAGCAGAGGAACAAAAGCAACAAGUGGACAUGCGCCGUCUGCAAUCAGAAGCAGUCCGUCCGCCAAGUGUUUGCUCAAGGUCCCAUGGCCAAAGACCUCCGCCUCUUCGUCCAGUCCUCCAACAUGUCUCGCCAGUUCGCCCAGCAAACCAAUGAUCAACAGCAACAGCAACAGCGGCAAGAACAAGGUACUCUUAUUUCUUCCGAUUGCUCGUACAAGACUGAAAAGAGAAGACGAAAUUACUGGACCCAGUACCUGGACCCUGAGGACAGUGAUCAGGGCGCCAACGUGAAGCCAGAAGACGAAGCAGGUUCUGGUUUUGAGCCUGAGAUUGUAACAGAGUUUCCGGCGGAGUUGUGGAAGAAUCCAAAGCUGAGCAAAUAUGGUGUAGAUGAGCUGCACAGUCACAAACGAGUUUUCUCUAAGAGGAAUUUCAACAAACAUGUCAUCUCCCUUCCACAAGACACAGAGCAGGUGAAGUGCGAGCUGACAAACACCAAGGAGAGUUCACAAGUACAGAGGCAUUUUAUAGCAAGAGAUGAGCAGGAACCGAGAAGAACAUGUCAGGUUACAAGGGCUACACUAACUGGUGCUUCUAAAUGGAGUGACUAUGUAACCCAAGACGAGGAUGACGAUUGCAGCUUGCGACUCAUUACAAGGAGAAAACAUGCAGACAAUGCAGGCCAAUGCAGCAACGAAAUUGACAAGACAACUACAAACUAUGGGACAGUUCUGGCAAACGAUGAGACGGUAGAAGAUGACAUUCAUCCUGAUUUCCUGUAAGCUUGUUUCAAGAGUUGAAGAGUACAGGUUUGCGACAACAUUGUCCAGCGAUUGGCAAAGAUCUGCUUUGAUUCCAGAUGUGUUACUGCCCCCGACUGAGUGUUGUUGCUUCAAUGGUACUGCACUUUUUCACUGAAACAAGCAUAAUGCAUUUUUAUACUGCGCACAGUAUUGCUUCCAUGACUGCAGAAGCAGUUGCACCUAUUUUCCGUUUUGA